AUUAACCCAUUCGCUGCAGAAAGUGACAGCUGCGCUCGAGCGGGGCACGCAGUGCGAGUAAGCGGCUGUUCUCGGCACACUGGCGCUGGUAACGGCUAUCACGGCUGUCUUACCUCGGAGACUGGUGUUAUAUGUAGGAGACCAGGUGUGGAAUAUAAAGAAAUUGGAAUAGAAAAUGUGCAUGUAUUGUGAUGCUUUAAAACUAACUUGAAUUAAAAUCUUCAACGCAGGAAGGGAAUGGGACCGCAGUGCGUGAAAGGCGUUUUAAAUUGCCUACCCGCUUACUUCUUCCUUGCUUAGGAGCCCGUCCUUCUAACUUUGGUGGAGUGCUUCAACUUCGUGCGACAGAGAAGGCUGAAUAUGUGACACUAAGAAGCAGCCGAGGUGGGAUAAAGUGUAGUGGCAACGGAACGCGGUGACACGGAUACAGAUAACACUUUAAUACAAAUACUCGGAAGACCAAAAACAUCAGCAACAUGACUUCAGUAUGGAAAAGGCUGCAGAGAGUCAACAAGCGGGCAUCCAAGUUUCAGUUCGUGGCGUCGUAUCAAGAACUGAUGGUGGAGUGUACCAAAAAAUGGCAGCCUGACAAACUGAUAGUGGUGUGGACCCGAAGAAACCGGCGUGUCUGUUCCAAGCCCCAUGGGUGGCAGCCAGGAAUUAAGAAUCCUUACCGGGGGAUGGUGGUUUGGCCUGUGCCAGAAAAUGUGGAUAUCACUGUUACUCUCUACAGGGAUCCUCAUGCUGAGGAGUUUGAAGAUAAGGAGUGGACUUUUGUCAUCGAAAAUGAGUCAAAAGGUCGACGUAAGGUUCUAGCCUCUGCAGAUAUAAAUAUGAAGAAAUAUGUCAGUGCCAUGCCUACACAGACGGACCUUAAACUGAAGCUGAAGCCAUUAUCUGUAAAGGUGGUAGAAGCUACACUGAAACUCUCAUUGUCCUGUGUUUUCCUCCGUGAGGGAAAGGCCACUGAUGAAGAUAUGCAGAGUCUUGCUAGUUUAAUGAGUGUGAAACCAUCAGACAUCGGUAAUCUAGAUGAUUUUGCUGAAAGUGAUGAAGAGGAUGAAAAGAAGUCAAGUUCUUUGAACAGCCCUCAAAGUGGUGGAACAACAGUCAUAGGCUCUGGCAUUUCAUCUAUAAAUAAAAAGGAAAAGAAAAGUCUACCUGGUUCCUCUGCUUGUGCUGCUAUUUCAGGGUCUAAUAUUAUACAGGUCAUGACAGAGGAAAGGAGACCUAAACCGAUUGUUAGUCCGCCAUCAUGUGCUGUUGCUGCUGCAAAUGUGUCUGCAGUUUCACCUGGGAUUACACAAGAGAAAAUGUCUCAAGGUCCUUUGAGCCCUCCUGCCUGUUCCUCCACAACCGUUUCUGUGAUUUUACCUGGGCUUAAUGAAGAAAGGCUGCUUCAGGAACCUGUUACUGAAUCUUCCAUUACUACUGCAAGCGAGGUUAAAAGGGAACUAAAUACUCUUCAAGAAGAGGAAGAUGAUCUCACAAGUGGUCAGCGAAUUAGCACAAAAAACAAUACAUUCAACUCAGUGCAAAAUAACAGAGGUCAAACAAACGCAUUGGAGAAGAGUCUUCCACAAAGCCAUCUAAUGCAAAAAACAGACCAAGUUUCCAAAGCUGUACCUGUGGAAGAUGUAAAGAAGCAUCUCAGCCCAAAGAUAGCAGCCCCCAUUGUGCCCAUAGUCACUGGGAAACCGCCCCAGCCUGAUGUAGCAAUGGGAAGGAACCCAUUUGAGGAUGAAGAGUUAGAGAAACAUAUUGAUAGUCCAGCAAUUGUGAAGCAAUCUAGUGUAUAUCAAGAUAAGAAACUUAUAAUGGAUAUCCAUCCUGUACAAGAUAAAUCUAUUGGAGACUACAAGAACAUCUGCAUGGAGAAGGUAACUGAAGUGGUACAGACAUCCAAACCACAAUCAUCUUUUUCUACCGAUGACACAUCUAUAGAGAUGACUAAGGCAGAAAAUGCCUUGGUCAGUCUGAAUACAGAUCAGUCUUCAGUUCCUGAUUUAUCAAAAACUACACCAUCUACUUUAAAUGAAGAAAUUGAGAGAGCCGAAAGAACAGAGGAAAAGCCAUCUUCCACUGAAAACCCACUAAAUGAAAUUAAAGAAGAGAACUCUUUUGAGGAUGCAGUGCAGGAGUCUUCAGUGCGUACAUCUGAUAAUGAAAAAGAAACCCAAGGAAAGCACUACAUAGAAGAAAAUUGUCACAUAAAUAAAGAGCCUGCUUCACCACCUACUGUGCCAAUGAUUGAUUUGAGGAAAAGAUCAUCUGAAGAUACGACAGAUAGGCAGUCAUGUGGCACCAAAGAUCAGAAACAGGUAGAACAUUCACCUUUUAUUCCAGAACCAGUCACUUCAGAGACAACAGCUCUUGCAGAUGGACCAGAUACAUCUGAGACUCCUGUAGUUAAUGAAGUGGUAAAUGAAAGCAUAGUCGAUAUGCCAAACAUUCCAUCCCCUGCAAAGCUUACCAAUGAUGAGACUGGCCAGAAAUACGACCUUGAGGAGGAAGAAAAGCCAGUCUUGCCAAUGAAUGAGAGAGAUCCAAAACCUAAUGAAAUUUCAGUAAAUACCGCAGAGGUUUCUCUACCUAAUAUACCAGAAGAGCAGAAUGAAGUUGUCAAUAACCUGGCAAGCCUUAUGAUUGGAGAUGGAAAGAUUGUGCAGUCUCCUGUAACAGCAAAAGAUGCUGUGUCUAAAAUUAUCCUUUCUACGCAGAAUUCACACCUAGUUCUAGAGUCAAUAGAUCAAGCUGGAGCACAGAAUUCUCAUUAUAAUAAAGAAAAUGAGGUGUCGGAGGCCCUCUCAUCGCCAACACAUGACUUUUCCUUUUCAAACAAGAGUACUUCACUUCAAAAUGAAGCUAACUCAGAACUGAUAAAGAGGAAUCUUGGAAUUCAGGAGCUACCACUGGUAGUAGAAGUAAAGGAGACAGUGCACAAAGAAAAGUCUACAGAGGGCAUUGGCCUAGUUGGUUUAUCCAACACUUUGCAGCAGUCUGUACCAGAAAAUUACCCAUUUGCACAUUUAUGUCGACCAGAGGAAUCUGAAGCCACAGAGUCAACCUCAGAUAUUGUUUGUUCUGAUGUGCCUUUGGAAACCAAGGACAAUUUAAUUUCAGAAAAAAAGACACCUGAUACAGUUGGGGAAAUACUGCCCCUCGGCCCCGAAACAUAUACACUGAAUACUGUGAUAAUUUCAGAGUCUCCUGAUCUUUCUAAAAAUUGUAACAAUGAGACUGAGCUGAAAAAGGUUUCUGAAGUUCAUAAUAAAUUGGAAGUAGAAGAUACUUUACUGCAGAAUGAUGCUGAUGAGCCUUAUAAAUCACAGGACCAAGCAAAUAUUUUGCCAGAGCAAAUUUGUAAUAUUUUUGAUGAAUCCAGAAUCAUAUCAGAAAAUGUAAUGAAGAAUGAUAUUAAUCAUUCUGAAAAACAAUUACACAAUCAGGUUCAAAUGGAAAAGAUCCUGGAGGUUUCUAAUGAAUUCCAAGUAGAACCUGAUGCUUCACAGGAAAAGACCACUGGUCUAUCUGAUGAAGUCAAAAUCCAUUUUGAGGGAGCCCUGGAAACAACAAAAAUUGAUCAUUUUCUAGAUCAGAUUACACAGGAAAAAGCUACAGAACCAGUAGUCAAUAUUCAACCUGAGAUCAUAUUAACACAGGCAACUGAAGUUGUCAGUGAAUUCCUAGCCUUAACUGAGGGAGAAUCAAAAACAGCUGUUGGUCUUUCAGAUGAAGUACAGCUUCAGAACUGGAGUACAAUGCAGGAAACCACUGAAAUAUCUGAUGAAUUCCAAGUGCAGUCUUAUUUUACAUCAGAAGAAAUUGCUGGUCCUCCAAAAGAUUUGCAGCCUCAAGAUAACAGAGCAGAAACAACAAAUUGUUCUUCUGAAAAUGUUCAACUAUAUCUCCAUGAUGAGAUUACUCUGGAGAGAACAACUGAUCUUUCCAAAGUUUUCCAGGAAGAAAGUGAAACAGAAUUCCUCUCUGUACCAGAAGACAUGUCCAUGGAUUGUCAUAAAACGUCUGACAAGAAGACUGAUAGUCCACAUGAAAGUGUAUUGAAAGUGGGUCAGUUGCUAGAUGUUGGUGAAAUUAUACAUUUAGAAGAUAGUGAAAGUAAAAAAAAAUGUGCAUUGGAAAAUGCAGAUGGAAGAGAUGCUGCCAUAACCACUCCUUCAGCAGUGCUGUCUGAAAAUAAAAAUGAUUUAGAAGCCAACAAAAUAACAAAAAGUGAACUACAAUACAUUAAAAUGUUACCAUUUCCUGUUCCCAUAGAUUUUAAAUUAAAAAGUAUCCAAAUAGACAAGAAGGCUGGAUCUGAGUUAGGAUAUAUAGAAAAGGUGCAGGAGGACAUUUCAGAAAAAUCUGUAACUGAUUUGGAAGCAUAUAAAAUAAAAGUUGAAGAUGAGCCUAGGCAGCUCACAGAUCAGAAUGUUCCUCCCACAGCUCUCACUAGCUAUUUUGACAAUCCUGAGUCUGUAAUAAAAUCAGAACAUGAACUUUCUGAAGAAGGACAUUUACCCUCAGUUGAAGGAAAAAAAGAAGACAGGAUAGAAAUAGAAAUGCCAGAACCAUGUGCUGAAAACUUAAGAGAACAAAAUAUUUUAGAUAGUAGCAGCAGUAACAUAACACAUCAUAAAGUAAGUGAAGUAAUAGAUAUAAAAAUCGAAGAAGUCACACCCCAAGUAGCACACCAAACUGUUUCAUCAGAUGAUGUUAAAGAAAGUAAAGACAGUUUAGUUAAAAUUCCAGAUCUAGUUGAAUCAGUCAAUUCCAAUGAGUCAAAGGCAGAUGCUGAAGGGAAGGAAGAUAACAUACAACUCAAAGUGGGUGUAGAAAAAGGAGACAUGUCCACUGUGUUUUCAUGCACUAUUGAGGGAACUGAUCAGAGUUAUGAUGGCAGUAGUAUAUCUGAGGAAAAAGAGGAAAUUGUGAGUCAAAUGGAAACCAAGUUUGAAUUUAAGGAAGCUGAAAUGCAACAAGAAAUCCAGGAAAGUAAAAAUGAAAUGGUGACACAAGAAGCAAUUACAGAAAGCAAAAGUGUUACCAGUUUCAUAAAUGUACACACUAACUCAGAAUUAUCUGAGGUUACCAUGACUUUUAUUUCAAAAAUUGGAAAUGAAACUAAUAAAGAAGCUAGAAAGGAAAGUAUUCAGGAAAAUGCCAUUCCUUCAUCUUCUCACAUAGUCUCAGUGGAAGAAAGCAGCAGAAUUAAUGGAGUAGAGGAGUUUUCUAAAGUGCAGUUUAGGAAUGAGGAGAAUAAUGUGAAUGUUUUGGCACAAAUUAAUGCAGAGGAAUUAGCUCUAACAGAUAAGAUAGAUAAUCAGACAAAUGGUGCAAAUACAAAUAGUGCGAAGCAAGUGUCAGAGCAUGCUCAAAUAACAGAGCAAGUUCAAAUAAGGAUGGCAUCUUUAGAAAAUGUCAAUGAAAUGGAGGAAGUCUACAUGUCAAAAAACAUAUAUCUGAGUGAAACAAGUUGUGAGUCAGACAUUGACGCAAACAGAAUGGGAAUGCUUGAGGAAAUUGAAAAUGGAGAUGUUUCAAGGGAUGGUUCAUUUAAUAACACACCCCACACACUAAUUGGGCAAACAGAUAAACUGGUUCUGGAAAUGUCCACUACAUUGGGCCAUGAAAAAGAAGAGCAAAUUAGUCAGAUAGAAAACAAGGGGCAGCCUGAGUUAAAAUCUGAUGUAGGGCUACAAGGUCAAAAAGCCGAAAAAGUGCAUGGAGAGAAUAGGCAGUUGGAUUUAGAAUUGGCCAAGCUUAAGGAGAGGCCAGAACUGCAUAAUGUUACCAGUGAGAAGAGUCCUGAAAAUGAUUACAACAAAAUACUACUCAAGCUUGGAGAUGAGAAGAAUAAAGAUGAGGAUUCUAUAGCUUCCUCUGUCCUUAAUGUGGAAACUAGAACAAAUUUAAGAAAAAUGGAUGAAAGCCCUCUGUCAAGCCCGAGUGAGGUUAAGAUACAGGUGGAGAAGCAGGCAGAGGAGGCACCAGUAUUCAAAGAGGAGGGAGCUGAGGGAAAAGUAAAAUUUCGUAUUCAAGACAAAAAGACUAAGGAAGAAACACCUAUUGCUGCCCCUCGCAUCAAGAAAAGAUUAAGUGUUACUUUGUCAGAAGACAGUUCACCACCACAAUCAGCUCCACAAUCUCAAGCAGGAACACCUGAUGUCAAAAGGACUCCUGUGAAGAGCACAGAACCUCCUAAACAUACCCUUGUAUCCAGACCCAGUGAGCACAAUCCUUCACAUGGUGUAGGUUCCACUGUGCCUCCCACAUCUAAUCAGAUUUUACCUCCAAUAAGGACAAAAAAGAAAAAGCUGCUUUCACCAAUCACAACAAUAGAUGUUACUCCUGAGAAGAAUGUAAGCAAACAGAAACCAGAAGUGCUUGAGAAACAAGAGCAAAGUCCCCAGUCUGAGUCUUCAAGCCCACUGCCAAGCCCAGGCCUUGUUAGUUCAAGCCAGUCUUUAUUGGAAUGGUGUCAAGAAGUGACAAAAGGAUACCGGGCAGUGCGAAUUACUAAUUUCACCACAUCUUGGCGCAAUGGCUUGGCGUUUUGUGCAAUUCUGCACCAUUUUCACCCAGAGAAAAUAGACUAUGAUUCCUUAGAUUCUUAUGACAUUAAAAAUAAUAAUAAAAAGGCUUUUGAUGGCUUUGCAAGCCUGGGAAUCAGUCGACUGCUAGAACCAGCUGACAUGGUGCUUCUGUCAGUACCUGACAAGCUAAUAGUGAUGACCUAUCUUUGUCAAAUUCGUGCCCAUUUCACUGGUCAAGAACUCAAUGUGAUACAGAUUGAACAUAAUAGUAGCCAGAGCACGUACAAAGUUGGAAGCUUUGAUUCUGAUACCAACUCUUCAGUGGACCCUGCCAAGUUUUAUGCAGAUAGGAUACAUGCAUCUGGUGGAAUUCUGGGACUGAAAUCAGUAGGAGAGGAGGGCAAGACUUUCCAAGAAACUGUGGAUAAAGAAAGAGUGCAAGAGAAAUGUUGUAACCAAGAUGACAAAAAAGGCUUAUUUGCUGUUAUGCCAUUAAAUGAUAAAACUCCACACAUUAGCAGCUCAAAAGAUGCCACCACUAAUUCAACAACUUUAAAGGCCAAUGGCGUUUCUGCUGAUAGUGGAGGAGAUAUAAACAAUGCAGUACAACCUAAGAUUUCUGAAUUAGUACCUCCACCAAGGACAAAGCGAGCUACAGUUAGGGUGGACAGCAUCCAUGAAAAUGGAGGGGAAAAGGUGGAAGAUGGUUGGAAAGCAGAAAAAGAGAAGCUACAGAGACAGAUAUCUGUAAACAGUCAUGGAGGACCCACAGCUCCCUGCCGGCCUCAUGCUCCAGGAAAGUCUGCCUUUUCCCAUGUAAGGGAUGCAGACCUAGUGAAAAAGCGUCGUUCACGGCUUAAAAGUGAGUCACAGUCAAUUGAUGAGGCAGAAGUAACAGAAGGGCUUUCGCUUCCUAAGUCUGAGACUUCUCUUCAUGAAGCCAAUGUUACUUCAAAGCCUGGCGUAGCCUCUUCAAAGAAUCGACUCAGUCAGGAGGCCGAGCUGGAUUUCAGAGGGUCUAAAUCCUUUCCAGAAGACAAGACAUUUGAUGUGCCAGACAGUGCAAAGAUCUCAGAAGAGGAAAAUGUGAAGUUGCGUGAUACCAGCCAGUAUGUGCUAUGUGAACUUCAGGCCCUGGAGAACGAACAGAAGCAUAUUGACAGUAGAGCAGCAGUGGUAGAGACAAAAUUGAGAGAAAUAAUGGAGUCAGGUACCAACAAGCUGGAGGAAGAGGAGUUAAUCCAAGAGUGGUUCACAUUAGUAAAUAAAAAAAAUGCUCUAAUUCGGCGUCAAGAUCAUCUGCAGUUGCUGGAAGAAGAGCAAGACCUGGAAAGAAGAUUUGAACUUUUAAACCGUGAACUACGCGCCAUGAUGGCAAUUGAAGACUGGAAGAAAACAGAGGCCCAGCAGCGCAGGGAAGCACUAUUGCUUGAUGAACUUGUGUCACUUGUUAAUAAACGAGAUGAGCUGGUCCAUGAUAUGGAUGCUAAGGAGAGACGAGCACUGGAAGAAGAUGCCCGCUUGGAGAGGGGUUUGGAGCAAAGGAGGAGAAAAUACAGUCGUAAAGAGAAGUGUUUGAUUCAGUGAUGGAGGAUAAAAAAUAAGAUACAUUAUUACAGACUGAAAGUGCUCAGCACAUACAGAGAAAUUAAUGGCUUUAUUUUCAUACGGAGUAAGUUGUAGCGAGAAAUUUGCUCAUCAGACAGUAGGCCUGAAGUGAUCAAAAGUAAUGUGAUCUAAAAACAUGCCAUAACUUUACAUUAUAUUUUUAUUUUCUUCCUCUUAAGUUGCAUGUUAAUUGAAGAUUUGAGUUUUAACUUUGUUUGGGCUUUUUUUGCGCUUUGAUAUACUUGAACCUAAAGUUAUUUUUUCUUGCUGUAUAUAGAAAGUUUUCUCCCUUUAAUACUAAGGGGGGCAUUUGUAUAGCUAAAGCAAAAUAUCCUAAUAGAACACUGAGUCAAAGAAUUUCAGGGAGGAUAUAAAUUAUUGGAAUAUCACGCAAAAGGAAAGUUGGAGUUACAUAUGCCGUAAGAAGAGUCUAAACUGAUGCCUAUUAAAAAUGCUAAAACAGGAUUCCAUCCUUUUCCCCCGAUUUCUUUAAAAACUUUAAUUCAUGUUAAAUUAAAAUAAUUGUUGGCUGAAAAUACUGUAAAUAUGUUUGCCUGUAUUCAUCAGCAGCUACAUACAGCAGGCUUAAACAGAGCAGGUUUAAUUUAUGUUCAGUAUUUCUUUCAUUCUUCAUCAGUAUCUAACAUAAUUUAUGCAGUGGAAUGCCUUAUUGAAGGCCACAAUCAGUUUCAAACUCUUUCUUGGCAUUAGGCUGUGCUUUAUUAGGAUACAAAGUUUGGUUUUUGCCAGGGGGCCAGUGUUUGAAACAAGGGGCACUUAGCUGUUUGAUGCUAGCAGACUAGCUCAAAAUCAUAAGCAAAAGAAGUGCUUUGACUUUGAAAGUCAACUAUACACUUGCAUUUGGCACAGUGUUUUUUUAAUAAAUGAUGUGUAUGAUUUGACUGACAUUCAUUAGAAACAGUAAAAAGUAGCAAAUAGUCUGUGUGCAAAUGACGUCAAAUUACCUUGUCCUUGUUAAUAUAGAACAGUCUAAUUUGCCUCUUGUAUCUCCACUACUAUACUAAGUUAUGCUAAGUUUUAACUCUGCACAUAUUAAGUUAGCUUAUGUUUCCUUUUAUUUUUUUUAAUUUUUUUUUUUUUGAAAAAAACAAUAUUGAGUUGUUUUUGUGAAAAGCAAUAUUGAGCAGCUAGGUCUCCAUAAAAAGCACCAGUAAGAAAGCAACUGUUUUUCUGGCUGUGGUUCAUUUUGAGUAUUUUACAGUAAUAUUGUUGUUGGAGCACAGGCCACAAUGGGCCUAAGACUACUCAGUGGAUAUAGGCUUCAAUACAAACUGUUGAUCAAUGGUAAAUACCUUCAGAGCAAUAAACCUAUUGCUUAAUUAAGCUUUUUUUAAAUAUAUAUUUUCUACAAACCAUGUGGAAUGGGCAACUUUCACAUACCAUGUAUCUUUUACUAUUUUUUGUAGUGUCUUCUCACUUUGCAGGAAAUGUAUAUAGCACAAGUUGUGUUUUAUAAUUUAAAGUAGAUAUAUACUGUUAUUUGUCAACUUAUUUAUUUAUUUAAAGUUCCUUUUCUGUUUAAAAUAUUUUCUAAAGGAUGAUAAGCAGAAGGCUAACACAGGUAUAAAAGAGAACAGUUAGCUUUCCUUGUUGCAAUCUAUGGCGCUUCAUUAAGAAAGAAGUAAAAGCCAAAUUCUCAUUAGUACAUGGAAUACAUUCUUGGUAUUAUAGAAACUCACAGAUAUCAUACAAAUUACAUUUCAAACUUAUUUUGCAUCUGUGUAGCAGAAAACAAAAACAUGGGCUCUAAAUGAGAAAGACCUUAAUGUGAAUAAUGGAUUAAGGUGCUACAGUACAAUAAAACCUUGCUGAAUUAAAACACUUUACUUCUUACAGUAUGUCAUUCAGUCCAUGCAAGACAAUGUAUUCCAGGUAUAAACUUGAAAGUAGUGGGUUAAUAGAAAUAAUACAAUAUUGUCAUUAAUUAUGUCUGCAAUUAAAAAUGCUUGUAAAACGAAAUGUUUAUCAAUGCGUGUGUGUUUGUGUGUGUGUGUGUAAGAGAGACAGACAGCAAGAGAGAGGGUAUAUAUGUAAACAUAUACAUAAAUGGAUAUAUAUAUAGGGUACACUCAUUUCAAUUCAUUUUUGUAUAGGCCUAGAGUAAUGUAAAAAGUUUAUGGCUAAAAUACAAAGUACAUAAUGCACACACAUAAAGCUAUAGGUACUAUAUAUGCUACAUUUGUAGAUACUGGACACAGGGCAUGGACCCUAGUCUGUUUAUAUUGUUCCCUGUCUCCCUGUGGGUUUUACAGUUGGUGGUCCAGUUUUCCUUCGCCAAGGAUAUGAAGACUGAAUUAAUUGACAAUAUUAAUUGAUGGCUUGGAUUGAGUGAUUCUGGGUGUGUAAGUGUGUGUCUGUGAGCAAGCGUGUCCUGUAACAAACUGGAGCUCUCUUCAGGGCUGGUUCCUAUCUUGCUCCCAUUGCUGCCAGGAUUCUAUCUACUGUAUGUUUCUUCCUGCACAAAAAAGUAGGAAAUCCCUAGGGGUUUAGAUAGAAAGGGAAAAUAUAACAUACCAUUGUAUCAGUUUGGUCAAAACAUUUGGUUUUCUCCUGCCUCUUUUUGUAUUAAUUUCUGAUUUCAUUAAUAAGAGUGUGUUUCAGAGUAGCAGCAAGUCUGUUUCAAACUGUAUGGAUGUUAUUCCUCACCAUUUCCCUCUUUGAAAAAAAGUCUUUGUCCAUGUAUGCUGUGAGUCUACAGCUGAUCAGUGAUAAGAAAAUGUAUUUUUUGCUGCUUAAAAUAAUUUUUAGGAGUUUUUUUUUACUGACGUUCUUUAUAUUUAUAACUUUUUACAUCACAAAGCAAACUACAUUGACAUUUCUUUUGAAAAGCCAACAGUAAACUAAACAACAUUGUCUGCUGUUUUCCCAAGCACAUUGAAUGUUACAUGAGUACAUUUCAUUAUAGCUGUUUUAGAUGGGGUUGAUUAAAUGCUCUGUUUAUGCCUGCUGAUCCAAAAGAACCCAAGACAAAGACAAACUGGCGCUGCCAGUCAGAAUAUCACAUAAAGCUGCUUUCCCUACAAAUUAACCAUCUCUUUUGCACAGCUUGCUAUGCAUUAGUUAUCGGUUUGUUUUCCCAGAAGCUCAAGUGGCUGCAUUAGCAGCACAGAAUGUUCAAGUCAGAAAACUGUAAUUUAUAAAUGUAUUUCUAUUUGAUUGACCCUAAAUAGCAAAUUUUGACAUUUAACUCUUAAAAAUGAUGUGGGAUAAAAUAUUAUUUAUUAUAUUGCUUAUUUAAUAAAGAUGCAUAACUCCAAGAAUUUUCAAAGCAAUUCCCAAGGAUAAUAGAUUCUCUACAAGUUUAUUUGAUACUUUUAUUGUAUUUUAUUUUUUGUUUUGUUUUUUUGUUUUUCUUUCAGAAUGGUUUUAUGCAUCCUGAUUUUAUUUUCUUUCUGUGCUUACAAUAACUACAAUUUUUACCUAGUUUUACACUUCAUUGUGAGGUUUUCUGUUGUUUGAACAUGUAAACAGUGGCACAGUCUGUAAAAUAUGACAAAGAUGUGUAUUUUUAAAUACAAUGCAACAGUAAACCUUUAAUUAUCUUCAUAAAUUGCAUAGCAUUUUUGCACAUAACUAGUAAGUGCUGCCAUUAGUGAAAUAUGGCCAAGCAAUCUUUUUUUUGUCAUUAUAAAAUAUUAUUAUCCUUAUUUUGUUUUUAUUGUAUCAGAAAUGGUACGCUGGGAUUGUCAAAAAGAAACUCUCUGCUGGAAAGGUCAGAAACCUUCUAGACAUAGGGCCUCCUCAGGAUAUUUUAAAGCAAAAAGGUGGCUUGGCACUCCACAUGUUCAUUUGUUUCCUCAGUAAAUAUCUCAUUUUAAGUUUUUAGUAUUCAUUGUAAAGGUGUUAGCCAACAGCUCUGUUAAAGUGUCAUUUACAACUAUGUUCCCAUUCUUUGUGAUCAAAUUAAAAAGUAUCAGAUAUCAAACUCGGCAUUGUUUUGUGUAUGUAAUCCUAACACUUUAGUGGUCUGGAACUGCACAAACAGCUCUGAGGCACACAAGAUUAAGUUUUCUACUGACUAGGGACUGCAAAACAUUUUUUGAAUAUUCACAUUAAGAAUCAUUAGUUGACUGCAUUCAGUGCAGCCUGUUGGGCUUGUUUCUGGUUACCUAAAAUACAUGACCUGACUUUAGUUAGAAAUAUAUGCCUCUAGCAAUGCAGCUGUCUACCAUUUACUGAAACAGUCAAGUCUAAAGAUAUCAAACAGGGCUGUGCAGGCAGUGGAAAGACGUAUCAGGCUAAAAAAAUAUUUUAUAUUCAGUAGCGUUAAAAUUGCAGUAUUAUUUACAAUCUUGUGUGCAAUAUUACAGAGAUCCACAUGACCAUGUACUCAGAAAAUGUAUUUUGUUUCCAAAAUGGAAUGUUAACCAUUUACUAUAAGGAUGCCUGCAUAUUAAAAUAUUUGGUCUCUGUCUUUUUAUUUUUGUGGGUUUCUUUUUCCCUCUCUCUCUUCAUUCUUCUGUGUAUAAGGCAACUUGUUCAGAAUUGCGAUACUAAUAUGAACAUAUUACUUAACUGCAGUUUCCUCAGUUCUAAGCACAGUGCAAGUUAAACAGCAAGCGCCUCCUGUUUGGUAGUUGUUCUGCUUUGAUCUAAUGACCAGACGCUUGAGUUCCUAAUUCAUACAGAUAAUUCAGAUAACUGGUACAUGAUUGGCUUUCUUUAUAGGGCAGGACUUACAUUUAAGAACAAGUUAAGUCAUUCUGACCUCUCUGUUGGAGUACCAGAGGAAUCUUGAUGUUUGUUUUAGGAAGUAAACAAUUCCAUAGGAAUUUGCAGAUUUGUAGAUUUCUUCGAAUAGAUUGUAUUUAUUUUCUGUUGCCAAGCAUUUCCUGUUGUGUUGGAAGUUUUUUGUGCACUGCCAUUAUUUGCAUUCAUUUCACACUGUUACUGUAUUGCAUUUACUGCCAAAUAGAUUGUUUUACUGCAUUUGUCUUUAUGAGUUCAAUUUACUCCAGGUGGAAUAAACAGGAUGUUAAAAGUUUGAGAUAUGGUUUCAAUAUGAGCCAAUAUAAGCUGUAACCUCCAAUUGCUAAACCAUUUUUAUAGAGACUGAACUGUGGUACGAGUUAACCUUUCUUAAUGCAAAUUCUGUUUUCUGUUUAAAAGCACUGUGGAUAUUUUAUGCAAUAAGUUUUGCUGUUUUACUACUAACUGGAUUUGCACUAUUUGUAAAGUUCACACAUGGGAAUAAAGCCAUUUUGAACCCUUGAAA